CUCAGCCAUGGGCUCCCUAUGCUCAAGACCUCACAUGCCCGGCGAAGGGCAAACACUCGGCUCUGGCCCCGCACCCCCUCAACGUACGCAACCCGCUGGCCCGGGCUCGCGUCCCGCUCCUCAACAACAAUCGUCUCCGGGGAGGACACUGGGGAGUACGACACAUCAGCCGGCGGGGACGCCGGGGAUGAGCGUCCCUUCGAGGGAAGCGGCAGCUCAGGCUGCGGAGGCGAGGGCUAAGGCAGCGAAUACGAGAGGAGUGAACGUGAGCAACCCUAAGGCUGGCAAGUUGAGUGCGAACCUGGAUAGGCAGAAGAAGGAUGGUAGGAUGGCGGAGGAACAGCAGCCGGAGAGGAUCAUCUAUGACUAAACAUGGGGUGCGAGUGUAUGGAACCUGUUGU